CAGGGGGGCGGCGUGCUGGACGCCAACACGGCCGCCCAAAGACUCCACAGCCGCCUGUGCAGGACAUGAGGCUGUGUUGAUGCUGCUGUCUGUUCGGCGCUGUCCGGAGAAAGAAACCUGGAUUUAACUGCUGCUAGGAUGAUUUGGGAAAUUGAUAUUCUUAUGCGGAAUGAUACACCAGCACAUUGAAUAGCCAAGUUAAUUUUAAGACAACGCACUAAUAUAGGCUAAUUUCAACAUGUGUUUGUGCCACAGAUUUUUACGCACAAAGCUCAUAUUCUGUCCGUUUUACUUGGCUGAGAUUUAAUGAAGCCAAAAGGACAAAAUAAAUAAAUCAUGGGUGUUUAAAAUUUAGACAAAAAUUUUUUACAUGUUGCCUUUUUUUUAAAUAAACAAAGUUGUAUUCAAGGGGAACAAAAAUCUCCCCUUUGGUGCACAGAGUCAGUGAUGUCAAGGUGAAUAAAUCAUGAUCUCAUGAAUAUAAAUAGAUUUGAUUAUAUUUUCAGAAAAUCUUUUUGGGAGUUUUGGGAGUUUUUCAUAAAAUAGCCUCUCUGGAAAAUCAUUAAGAUCUUCAAGAUCAGCCUUAAAAGGUUCAAAUCAAGCAAAUUAAAUAAAUGUACACAGCUUAUAGGCCUUCAUAUUUUUAAAACCUUAUGUUUCCAAAGUUAAACUACUGUAGCCUCCACACCAUCCUAACACCGACUCAUCCGCGCCUGUGUGUCCGCAGUGGAGUGGGUCUGGCCCGGGCUCACUUUGAGAAGCAGCCGCCCUCCAACCUGCGGAAGUCCAACUUCUUCCACUUCGUUCUGGCUCUGUACGACCGGCAGGGUCAGCCGGUGGAGAUUGAGAGGACCAACUUCGUGGACUUCAUCGAGAAAGAAAAGGAGACGAGCGGAGAAAAGACCAAUAACGGGAUUCAUUACCGGCUGCAGCUCCUGUACAGUAACGGCAUCAGAACAGAGCAGGACUUUUAUGUUCGACUCAUAGACUCCAUGACUAAACAGGCGAUUGUUUAUGAAGGCCAAGACAAGAACCCAGAGAUGUGCAGAGUGCUGCUGACACAUGAGAUCAUGUGCAGUCGGUGCUGUGACAAGAAGAGCUGCGGAAACCGUAAUGAGACACCCUCAGACCCUGUUAUCAUCGACAGAUUCUUCCUCAAGUUUUUCCUCAAGUGCAACCAGAACUGUCUAAAGAAUGCAGGAAACCCACGAGACAUGAGGAGGUUCCAGGUGGUGGUAUCGACCACAGUCAGCGUGGAGGGACAUGUCCUGUCAGUCUCCGACAACAUGUUCGUCCACAACAACUCCAAACAUGGCCGACGGGCCCGCAGGCUCGACCCCGUGGAAGGAACGCAGUCUUACCUAGAGCACGGAGCAGCCCCCUGCAUUAAAGCCAUCAGCCCCAGCGAGGGGUGGACUACGGGGGGCGCGACAGUCAUCAUCAUAGGAGACAACUUCUUCGAUGGUCUCCAAGUCAUCUUCGGUACCAUGCUGGUUUGGAGUGAGUUGAUCACGCCGCAUGCCAUCCGGGUGCAGACGCCUCCCAGACACAUCCCCGGGGUCGUUGAGGUCACUCUGUCUUAUAAGUCCAAACAGUUCUGCAAAGGCACACCAGGAAGGUUCAUAUACACAGCGCUGAACGAGCCAACCAUCGACUACGGUUUCCAGAGGCUUCAAAAGGUCAUCCCUCGGCACCCCGGGGAUCCCGAGAGGCUGCCAAAGGAGGUUAUUUUGAAGCGAGCAGCCGACCUGGUAGAAGCCCUUUAUGGUUUGCCCCAUAAUAACCAGGAGAUCAUCCUGAAGCGUGCGGCGGACAUCGCAGAAGCUCUCUACAGCGUUCCACGAGGACACACCCAGCUGUCUGGCUCCACCCACAGCGGCAUGAUGGGGGUCAACUCCUUCACUGGGCAGCUGUCCGUCAACGUCUCCGAGCCCUUACAGGCCAACCAGGGUUUCGUGCGCAGCAGCAGUAGCGUGUCUCCUCACGGUUACGUGCCCAGUUCCACACCACAGCAGACCAGUUACACCUCAGUCACCAGCACCAUGAACGGCUACGCAAACAACGCCGGCAUGACCAACCUGGGAGGCUCGCCCACUUUCUUGAACGGCUCUGCAGCCAACUCGCCUUAUGCUAUUGUCCCAUCUAGUCCCACUAUGGCCUCCUCCACCUCUCUCCCCUCCAACUGCUCCUCCUCUUCUGGCGUCUUCUCCUUCUCUCCGGCCAACAUGGUUUCGGCGGCCGUUAAGCAGAAGUCCGCCUUCGCUCCAGUGGUCAGGCCCUCCUCCUCUCCUCCACCCUCCUGUACCAGUGCCAACGGCAACGGGCUCCAAGAUCAAACAUUUGUGGACUCUAGCAAGUACUCAACAGCCAGCUCUCUACAAGGCCUGGCCUUCACCUGAACAAUCCCAGGAAUGAUCGUCCCACCCAUGUAAAGGUGUGAGUGCAUGCGCGUGUGUGUGUGUGAGUGUGUGUGUGUGUGACUGCGUGCGAGACGAACCAAGCACACUCACACCGAUCCUGGCGGAGGAUUUCGGUGCGAGUCAGACUCCGGUCAGGGACGGAAGCAGCUGUCCCGAUCUGAAGGAACAAACCCAACUCAGGCCCUUUCUAACACAAGAACAACUGCAAGAAAACAAAUGAAGAACAAAAAAAAACAAAGACUGUUUGCAAGGAAAUAAGUUGUUUAGACUUUGUACACCUUGAUGCUUUUAUAGGAGAACGGCCACACCUACAUUAUGACUCUCCACAAACACAGGAAGUGUAUUUAUUUAGGAGAGAAUCCACUUCCUCCCUCGAGUGAUUGUUGAUUUGUUUUUGUUUUUUUUCUUUUCGUGCAACAAUUAACGUGUGAUAAUCAUCUUCUAACUAUAUCUUACAUGAGGGAUUUUCUAUUUAUGAAGUUUGGUCAUUAAUGAAGGAAUAUAAUGUGAAGAAUACCUGAUGAUGAUGAUGAUGAUGAGUAAAAGCAAUGAUGUGGGAUUCAUACAGGGUCAAAUCCAGCCGACACAGACAAGCCAAACCAGACACACACACUUUCACUUGUCUUUGCCAAAUCCAUACUACCGUUACUCUCUCAGCACAAAUACUCAGACUGAGAACUCUUCCUCUGCAUUUUAUCGAUCAGCCGGAGGAUUCAGAUGCUUACUGCCUGCGACUGAUGCUGCAGUUUUAGCCAUUGAAGAAAUGCCAGUGUUUACUUUGAGCUUGCUUCACAUACGUCUGCACCGCCGCUCCCUUGUGCUACAGUUUUCAGGAAGUGCAAAUCAGUCUUUCAGCCAGUAGAAGGUGCACAGAGAAAGAAAAUUCUGUCAUUAAACAAGCAAAAGAAGGAAGUUAUAACAGAAAUUGUCUAAUCGCAGUGCUAAUUCAGGAAUGGUUUGACGAAAGCUUCACGUUUGUUACAAAUUAUAAUAUAGAGUCAUUCAUAAAAUCGGAGACCGUAAAAAGGCCAUAAACAAGUGCAGCUACUUCCCCACAGGGGAGUGUGUGAUUACUGGGUGCCAACAGCUGCUUCAGGAUUUGACCCAACAGCUUUGCCACUGAAUUCGUUCACGAUCUGUUUUAAAGUCGGACACAGCCACAGUGACCUCUAAAAGAGGGAGAACAUGUCUUAAAGACUGCUGCCAUUUUGAUUUUCUUGUGUUUGAGAUUUUCUUUCUGGAGUUUAGAUGAAUCCUUAUUUGUUUUUUUUGUUUGUUUGUUUGUUUUUUUGGUUUGCUGUGUUCUUAAUAUUUUUACUGUGAUCAGUCGGCCAAUCAGAUUGUGUUUCUUUUGUUACCUGCCCACUGAUCCAGUUAGAUUGAUAACAUGAGUGAGGAAAAUUAACCAAUGGUGUGUCUUAAAUGCGCUGCAAAGAAUGUCAAGUCACUACAUCUUCAACUGAGUCUUAAAAUCCUACUUUUUGAAAUGUUGUGGAAACAUCUGCCACUGAGGUACACUGCCUUUGCUCAUUUUUAAAAGUGCAAAUAUGAUGCAAUCACAGUAUUUCACCAUAUUUGUGUCCCAUUUUUUACUUGUUGUCUUGAGAUGUUACGAUGAAAACAUUGUUUGCAGAACAUGAAAAUUAGCCAGCGGUGUGUCUUAAAGGCCCAGGGUGUGCAAGAAUGAGAAAAGCAGCUGAUAGUUUGAUGUACAAGUCACUUCUCCCUCAGCCCUGCAGUCUGAGUGUGUAGUGUGUGAUUCAAUAGUCUUAAUUCAUUUAUUAUCAUGUUAAUUUUGCCAAAGCCCGUAUUUGAGACAUGAACGCCUACACAGUCUAUGACGUUCAACAUGUCAUCACACACAGUCAGAAACAGUAAGAAUGCCACGUACGACUGUCAGUGCUUUAUAAAAGCAUCAUUUAUACAUCUGCAACAGGUAGUGUUCAUAAAUACAUCUUCAUGUUUCAUUUUGUUUUUUGUUUUUUUUGUAAUCUAACUCAAUUACAUUGCCCAUGAAUAGAAACUGAAUGAAUGUGGAUACUUAACCAGACAGAAAAUGUGACUUGCUUCACAUGAACUGUGCUGAUUAUCUCAUGUUUUUGGUAAACAAGAAUACAUUUUAUAUUUUUGAUGGGUGUACUGUUCCGGAUAAUGUAAGAAAUUACUGCAAUUCCUGCAAUUUUGAAGUUUACAUGAAAAUAAGUGAAAGCAACCCACUCAGACAGAAGUCAGUACUAAAGCAGUAAUCAAAAAUUUGGAUGAAAGAUCGGGGACAGUAUCAAGAAUGCAAAAAAGGCAACAAAAAAAAAAAAAAAAACAUUUAAAAAAAUUGAAAAAACUUGUGAUUUCAGGAUAAACUGAAACCCUGAAAGAAAUCCUGCAAACUCACAUCCCUUAAGAUGCUCCUCAUUUGCUUUGUCUUCAUGUUUAACAAUUUUAAUGUUAUUAAGACAUCUUAUUUGCUUUUGUAUUAUAGUAUCUGUUUAUUAAAAGCCAUACUUCCACUGCUAAUUUCAAUCAAACUUAAAUAAGCCAUGGUGUAUUUUUUUUAAUCAUUUGUAAAGAAGCAGGAGGAUGUUUUCCAUUUUGUCUUGAUUUUAUCAAUGUUGUUCAUAUCAUUGUUGUUCAAAUUAGCAUCAUUUUGUUGCAUUAUAUAGGUGUAGAGUUUAUAAAUAUGUCAUUAUGAUUAUCUGUGUUUGUCUUCCAUGUGAUGGAUUUUAAGAUGGAACAGAGUUGCUUAAUGAAGAUAUUCCUCAGCCAUCGUGCUAAACAUGAAACAGCCGGCUGAGAGAGAUGGAAGAAAAAGUCUCUCCUCUUUCGCUGUUCUUUUCUUCUGCAGCCACUUCUCUUGCUUCAGUCAGGUUUUCUGUCCUCUCUCUCUCUCUCUCUCUCUCUCUCUCUCUCUCUCUCUCUCUCUCUCUCUCUGCUCCCUUCCUCCAUUCAUUUCCCUCUCCCACCUUGUUUUGAUUGUGCUAUUAAUACUCUGUAUGUUUGCCCUCCUUCUUGCUUCCCCUCACAUUUCCUUUUAAAAAAAAAUGAGCCACCUAUUUAUUUUAUCUCAAAUAUGGGUCUGGAGACCACUUCUGUUUGUGUCUACAUGUGAGAGUGUGUGUGUCUGAGCGUGUGUGUCAUCAUUUUUCCUCCGAAAGAUAAUUGUGAUGUGUUAAAGCUGAGGGAUGUUUUUUUUUUUUUAUAGUACAUAUAUAAAUACCUGUACAGGAGGGAGUAAAUAGAGGGUUUUGUUAAAGCAAUCUGAAGCACUUGUCCAACAACAGUAAUGACAUUUAUAAUGGCUUGUCUGUGUUCAGGCUUAUGAAGCACGGUGGUCAUCAUUCAUACACACAUUAUUGGCAGUAUCAGUGUGGAGGUGAAGAGAACAGAGGAAACUACUGUAAAGAUGAUAAUGUUGAUUUUUUUUUUUUUUAUUAUUUUGAAAUUUGAAGUGUAAAAUAACUUUUGGACUCUCACUAUAUUUAAUUAAA